UUUGUUGCUAUUGUACUAGUUGUUUCCUGCUGCUUCUGCAUUUGCAAAAAGUGGAUAUUCAAGAAGAAGAACAAGAAAAAGGGCAAAGACAAGGGCAAGAAUGCCAUCAACAUGAAGGACGUAACUGACGGUAUCAAAACCGAGGUAAAAACUUUUUUUUUUUUACUGCUGUUAGAUUGGCCUUGUUCUUUAGUCUUUAGAAGUUGCAUGAAAUAUUUAUUUACUCAAGUAUUAUUGUAUUAAUGCACGAUGCCAAUUAAGUAUGUCCAUAAGACAACCCUAGAUGAAGUCAUCUGUUGAUGAUGUUGUUUCACGGCUGACUUUAAUUGCAGGACUGCAAGCCUGGGCAUGUUAACGGUUCAUUAAAGUAUUGAGUUUUUCAGUUUUUCUUGCAUUUAGCUUAAUUCACUUUGUAGUGCUGCAUAUGGUUAACUGUGCUAUGAAGUGGUAUCAACCCAGAGAAAUGACAGUAGAUAAUGAAAACAAUAGGAGAAAGAACAUUAAUGCGGCUCGCUUUUUCCCCACACACCCACAAAUUAUAUGGAACAAUGGCACUUUAACCCUAGUUAGCAUGCUAAUUGUGUUAACAUGCUCGCAAUAGUACACUUCUAACAGAAUAAUUGACAAAGUCAGCUUAAUUCACGGUGUAAGGACACUGGCUUUGAGACCAUGCCAAGACCACUCAGAUCCCAAAUUAGAGACAUUGAUUUUCGAGCACAAAGCACAGUAGAGAAGAACAGACACAGACAAUUAGCAUCAUUCUUUAAAAAAAAAACUGUGUGCAUUCGUAGAAUGUCACAGUUUAUCACCAUCAAAGCAAAUCCGAACGGAUAGACAAUAGCUACAAUAUAAUGUUUACCCACCAGCAUUGUGAAUUAGUACUUUUAAAUUUAAAAAUAAGAAAUGUCUACAGCCAUUGAAAUCCAUAUGAUCAAUAUUUUGCAACACAACUCUUCUGAAUAAAACAAACCAGACUGAGUUGUUUAACUACUCUCCCAACUGGACGAAUCUGGUUAGGCUGGCCUUAUUUAAAGUUUUAAAGACCAUCUUGGCCAGGUUAGGAGACCAGCAAAACCACCUUAAGCUAACAUAACAACUUAGGCUAAUUUAACCUGAUGUUAAAGCAGGGAAACACCCAUAUAUAUAUAUAUCGUAAUACCUGUGCUAAUUGGCUAAAUAUGAGAGAUUAAUGAAUCAUCACUCUUAUUUAGCAAAUUAACACAGACAUUAAUAACGAUACACAACAAUCAGAGCCAUAUGCCAUAGUAAAAUGUCCUGCACAACAUACAUCUUUGUUUUAUUGUCAGCAGAAGGAGCUUUGAGCUACUCAGCAGUCAUUUCUCCUGGUGUGCCCAAACUCAUGUGGUCGCCUUUGUGUGUGGUUGUUUUAAUUUGUGUCUCUUCCUUCCAUGUCCUCCUUAUCUAUGUUUUGUCUGAUGACUUUGCGGGAUUGCCACUGGCGGCCUUGAAGGAUGAGGAUGAUGCGGAAACAGGGCUGACGGAUACAGAGAAAGAGGUGGAGCCUAAGGAAGAAGAGAAACUUGGCAAAUUACAGUACUCCUUGGAUUACAAUUUCACAGAGAAUACGCUCAUAGUGGGGAUCAUCCAAGCAGCAGAACUGCCCGCUAUGGAUAUGGGUGGUACCUCUGAUCCCUAUGUGAAGGUCUACCUUCUUCCAGACAAGAAGAAGAAAUUUGAGACCAAGGUCCACCGGAAGACACUGAAUCCCGUUUUCAAUGAGCAAUUCACCUUUAAGGUUCCCUACAUUGAGCUUGGAGGGAAAACUCUGGUGAUGACGGUGUAUGACUUUGACCGCUUCUCCAAACACGAUGCUAUUGGAGAUGUAAAGGUGCCCAUGAAUAAGGUCGACUUUAGUCAUGUGACUGAGGAGUGGAGGGACCUCCAGAGCGCUGAGAAAGAAGAGCAAGAGAAGCUGGGUGACAUCUGUUUCUCUCUGCGGUAUGUGCCCACUGCUGGCAAACUGACCGUGGUCGUUCUGGAGGCCAAGAACCUGAAGAAGAUGGAUGUUGGUGGCCUGUCAGAUCCCUACGUCAAGAUUCACCUGAUGCAGAACGGCAAGCGGCUGAAGAAGAAGAAGACGACAAUCAAAAAGAACACCCUCAACCCUUACUACAACGAGUCUUUCAGUUUCGAAGUGCCAUUCGAACAAAUCCAGAAAGUUCAAGUUGUUAUAACUGUUCUGGACUAUGACAAGAUUGGCAAGAACGAUGCCAUCGGCAAAGUGUUUGUGGGCUUGAACAGCUCAGGCACCGAGCUCCGUCACUGGUCAGAUAUGCUGGCCAACCCGAGGAGACCCAUCGCUCAGUGGCACGUGCUCAAGCCGGAGGAGGAAGUGGAUGCCCAGCUGGCAGCUCAGAAAAAGUAGAGCAGUCCUAGCCCAGUUCCCCACCCCACAUCCCACAAACCUGCCCGUGUAGUGCUCUUUACCCAGUGCGUGUAAAUACCUCAGUGAUAAAAGGAUUCAUGCACCCUCACUCCUAAUUUCAUGUCUAAGAGAACCGCCUUCUCUGACCACCCCCUUGAGAUGUUGUGUUGUUACAUCAGUUUCGACCCCUCGCCCCCUUCCUUCCCUCCUUCCGUCGAUAAACUUUCUCUGUCCUUUGUUGUUUCAUCCCCAUCCAUGACCUUAAAAGUCCCGACCAAAUGCCCCCUUCUUUUAAGCAAUAUGAUCUGUAUAGAUAGCGCAUGACUGGAGGAAUUUAUUCUACCACAGGUGUAUAUAUCAGUAUGCAGACGAAAAUGAUUUCUAGUUUAUGUGUUUGUAUGUUGUUACCCGUUUCCUAAUCUGUGUAUAUCUUGAUGUUUUUAAUAAGAUGUUCUAUUUUAAAUUAUGUAAAUGCUGACAUAGAAGAGCCAAUAUUAUAUAUAACAGGAUUUAAGAAUUUUACCUUAUUGCAUUCCACUAAAAUAUACGAUAUAUCUCUAUAUAAAUAUUUAAAGAAUUCCAACCUGCAAGACGCUAGUGGAGGUACACUCACUUCGUAAAGGACGGUUUGCGCUUCAUUUUUAUUAAAAAAAUAAAAAGCAUACAGAUGUACCGUACACGAUAGACACAAAUACACACUGAACACGAAGGCCAUUAACUAAUAUGGUUUCAUGGUAUAAAUGUAAUAUGCUGCUGACAAUUAUACAAGCACAUGAUUUCGUAAGAACUUUUUGUACUAAUUUAUCAAACUGAGGACCUGUACGCUUCGCUUAAACCACUUUAAUCGAAGGAAUUCUUCUUACUUGACGAAAACUAAUCAGCCUUUUAUUUUUUCUCCUACGGUGAUGCUGUUAACUUUUAGUAAAAUGGGUCCCCGGUUUGCUUCUUUCUUGUUUUCUGUCCUUCGAUUCCCGAAUUUUCCCGAAUCCGAUCUGGCGCCUUUGCGAAACCAUAAAUUGACAAGCUGUAGCCAUCGUGUCCUUGAUGCUUGAAUUUGUGAAACGCUUCCUUUUCUCGUCGUUGGACUCGUUUCGUUGAGGAAUUUAUGGUUCAGCCUCCAAAAAAAAUGAAACCAGGAGUUUUAACUCUAGCUUUAAGACAACUAUUUUUUAGAUUAAGUCAACGUCUGAAUAUUUUUGGUAACUGCAUGAUUUUUUUUACGAUCUUUGCUAAAGGCUGGGUAACGGGGGGAUUUAUUUACACCGGGGCGUCUUUCAAGAGACUCCCUUGCCUUCAAUCAAAAGUAAUCAAACGUUGCGGGACGGAAACUUUUAAAGCGCUCGGUCCCGACGAGUCGAUGGUGAUGAGGAGGAAGAGGAGGAGGAGAGGCAAGCUUUUAAACACUGCCAUUGUUUUCAGGGAGGUACAAGGAGUACGUGACUCCUCCCUCCACGCACACUUCACUCAGAUAGUGGUUGUAGCUUAGGUUCAUCGGGGAACAAUGUAUUUUGUCCGCGACGGUGCCCUAAACAGCAGUUUUUGCUUUCUGUUGCCUUUUCACAGUGACAAUAGAGUUAGCCAUGCUUAACUGCCAAUCCCUUCCCCUGUGGCUACUGUUUUGCACUGUACAGUCUAGGAACGGACAGUUGCUUGUCGAAAAAAGUCAGUUCGUUCAAUAGCGCAAGAAAGCGAACUGGCCCCCGACCGGUUUGAACGCCACGAGCAUUAGCGAAUCUUUAACAAUAACCGUAAAAGUUAAUGGUCUGUACAGGUAAUAACAUUCUAAUGUCCUUUACUACGGGUCUAACAAGAGGGCGAGCAGACGUUUAGUCCAUUAAAACCAUGAGUUAUCUUGGAGGAACCUCUCGCGUACACUAGAUGCUAGCUUCAGGAGGAGUUUCUAAAUGUUUUCAAUGUUACUGUGUAGGUGAUAGCACUGUUACUUAAAAAUAAAAGGAGAAAAAAAAGCUAUUCGUCAUUCCAUAGGAGUCUCUUGGGACUGAGUUGUGUAUCACUGUGACUGCGGUGUGUGCUUAGCGUUGUAGUUUUCAGUAGGUAGCGGCCAUCUUGUACUAUAGUGACGUUGUGCUGCCAUCCCCCUAUCAUACCACACGAGAGUACGAAAGAGAGAGCGACGGUUUCCGAAAAGCGUCACUGAGCGUGCGCACUCGCGAGUCAAUUCACACAGCUUUUGUUGAGCACUGUGCAAUACUUGUACGUUCAUUCCCUAGUGUUUAAACGGGCGGCAUCUCUCAAUAGGAGCAAAAAAAAAAAAGAGAGCGAGAGAAAAAACGCAACCCUAUACAGCGAGACGAUGUAUCCAUCGACAGUAGUCUGGUUAGGUCACAGCACACGUGUAGUUUGGAGCUCAAUAUCUGUAAACUUGUUAAAGAUUCCUCCGUUUUUCCCAUUGCGUUUUCCUGCACAAAGAUUUAACCAUCUAAAAAUUUGGGUAUAUAUAUAUAUAUAUAUAUAUAUAUAUAUAUAUAUAUAUAUAUAUAUAUAUAUAUAUAUAUAUAUAUGAAAACCCUUCCUUUUCAGAAUAGGUGUAUAUAUAUUUUUAUAUCUGUCCUGAUAUAAUUUCCUCAUUAUUGGGAUCGUCUGGAUAUAAGAGAAUUGUAUCAGUCUUGUUAUGGAAAUUAUCUGUUGUACUACUAAUAUGAUUGGCUGUACCAUUUUGUUAUCGCUGUUAUGAUCACAUUCAUGACUAUGACCUGGUUAUCGUUUCUUUAGUGCCCUAUUGAAGACCAUUUUAUAUUUAUUAUGGAACUCAGAAUGUACAGUGAGGACUGUGUGUUUUGUUUCUAUCUUUUUAUUGUGGGACCAAGUAUAGUUGGCCCUUUCAUUUCUAUGUUGCAAUAAAUAUUGAUUCAUGUGUUGUAUUCAUAGCCGAAUAUGAUUCCUUAUCCUGUCGAAGAAAACUAACCUAGAGAAAAAUGCCAAAUUGUGUAAUAGCAACUAUAGGUACAAUUAUUACUCCUACUUUACCUGACUUAUGUACUCUCAUUUAUGUAAGUAUUUAUGAUAUCUUAAUACAAGAGGCUUGUUUAUAAAACAAGGAUAAAAAUGCAGUUUUAGAGUCACAAACUGACACAAUUGUUUCGUACGGCAAAACUAUCAGGUAGAAGACAGCAUUGCUCGUUGCACCUCAGAGGUUUGUAAAGUAGUCUGAAAAGCCAUUUCUAGGCCUGCAAAGCAACGCUAUCUUUUACUGAAGCCUACCAAAGCAUGCAAACAGCUCCGACAACCACACCCGACAACUUGAAAAAGAAAAAACAACAAGCCCGAUCGCUCAGCACAGUAUACGCAUACAACCUUCCGAUACUCUACGACGACGAAAAGCCACCAUUCAAGAAAAAGCUGUGUAAAGAAUUAGAAUCUGAUGCUGUAGGGAGAUCCUAGUUGCCUUUGUGUAUAUCAACUGCCUGCUUGAGUAUUUUUGUGUGUGGAAAUUUUCUCUGUAAUCUUGUAGAACUGUUCGGGGUGUUUUUCCUGCCAUACUGCUCGCCCCAGCGGCGAGCCGACAGUUAUAUUGCUGUGUAUACCUUCAUUUUUGAUGAGGUGUUUUACAAUUUGGUUUCACUUUGUGUAGUGAUUCACUCUGUGGAGUUUCUGACUGUUGUUAUAUAACUUCAUAUACACAAAUGGUCAAUAAAAAUGUUUUAUUUCCUGUUCAUACAGAA